CCCGAAAGCAUCCGAACAUCACACGGAACUUCAUGUCCUCAUCGCCUUCAACCGGAGUCCAGAAACACCGUUCCCACUUCCCACUCCUUUGUUUAGCAAAAUCUAGGGUUUGAUUCUAUAUUUUCCCAAUUAAAAAGCCAUCAUACUAAUUCCAUCUCAAUUUGUUUCUGCAUAAUCCAAUCAACAUUUGAUUUCAUCAUGAGAACUCGAAAAACAGACAAUCCCAAAUCGCCCCCUGCGGCAAAAAGAACCCCACCGGCUAGAAAAUCGGCAACUAAAACCCCUACCACGCCACCACGCAAUGCCUCCCAGCAAUCAACAUCUGAACCCACGGUUACUCCUAAGCGUGCUUCCCUCCCUAGAGGGAAGACCAUGGCGACCAACGAUACCACACCAACAACUCCAGAAACACCAGUUAGUGCAAUAAAACCACAGGCUGACACAGUCAAGGCAACUCCGGGAACAAGGUCUGGAAGUAAGAGGACUGUUAAGAAAGUGGUUAAAAAGACUGUUAUCAAGAAAAAACCUAAAUUGGCUGAUGCUAAGGUACAGCCUGAUUUAGUUUCAGAUGAAAACGAUGAUGAAUUACUCACAGAAAAAGAUAGCUUCGAGGAGGUGAAGGAUAUGGAACAUGCAAAGCAGCAAGAAUCUAGCCCAAGUGAUGCUAAAAACUCUAUCAAAGGGGAAGAACAUGUUGAUGAUGUUUGUAUGCCCUUAAAAGAUGAUGAAGAUACUAUGAAGGAUGUUGAAGAGGGGACUGAUGUUAAGCCCUCUGUUGAAAGCUCUGAUUUAAGAGAUGUUGCAAAAGCCAUUGAUAAACAAGAACCAGAAGUGGAUAUGAAAGAAGACAUGGAAACAAAAGAGAAGGAAAAUAAAGAAACCAUUGAUGAUAAAUCCUUAAAGAUCCAAGAACCCUUUGUAGAAGCUCGAAUAGAGGAAGAAGAGGAACCUGAGGAAGAACCCGAAGAGGAACCUGAAGUUGAGCAACUCAUUGUGAAUCAAGGAAUCAUCAUGGAAAAUGAGAAAAAAGUUGAGAUUGAAGAAGAACCUGAAGAAGAACCUGAAGAGGAACCUGAAGUUGAGCAACUCAUUGUGAAUCAAGAAAUCAUCAUGGAAAAUGAGAAAAAAGCUGAGAUUGAAGAGGAGCCUGAAGAAGAACCUGAAGAGGAACCUGAAGUUGAGCAACUCAUUAAGAAUCAAGAAAUCAUCAUGGAAAAUGAGAAAAAAGUUGAGAUUGAAGAGGAGCCUGAAGAAGAACCUGAAGAGGAACCUGAAGUUGAGCAACUCGUUAAGAAUCAAGAAAACAUCAUGGAAAAUGAGAAAAAAGUUGAUAUUGAAGAGGAGCCAAUGGAAUGUAAUGAUGAUGAAGUUGAAAUGGAGAAAGAUAUGAAUGAAGAAGUAAAGAGAGAAGAAGACCUACAAGAGCAUGUAUGCUCAAGUAAUGAAGAAAAGAACAAAGACAAUGACAUUGACAAUGAUGUUCAUGAAAAAGAGAAAAAAGUUGAGAUUGAAGAGGAGCCAAUGGAGUGUUAUGAUGAUGAAGUUGAAAUGGAGAAAGAUACGAAUGAGGAAGUAAAAAGAGAAGAAUGUCCACAAGAGCAUGUAUGCUUAAGUGAUGAAGAAAAGCAAAAAGCUACUGAUGUUCAUGAAAAAGAGAAAAAAGUUGAGAUUGAAGAGGAGCCAAUGGAAUGUAACGAUGAUGAAGUUGAAAUGGAGAAAGAUCUGAAUAAGGAAGUAAAAAGAGAAGAAGAUCUACAAGAACGUGUAUGCUUAACUGAUGAAGAAAAGGACAAUGACAAUGACAUUCAUGAAGAAGAUGACAAGGGUGUACAACAACAACAACAACAACAACAAGAGCAAAGUGAAACAAGGUUAGAAGAGGAACAAGCAGAAUGUAAAAUAGCUGUAGAGGAGCGAAAAAGAAGGAAAGAAUUUGAGAUAUUUGUUGGUGGAUUAGAUAGAGAUGCCACAGAAGAAGAAGUAAAGAAAGCUUUUCAAUAUGUUGGUGAGGUUAUUGAUAUCCGAAUGCAUAAAGAACUUCCAACCAAUAAAAACAAAGGAUAUGCAUUCGUGAGAUUUGCUAAUAAGGAACAUGUAGCACGUGCUUUAGCCCAAAUGAAAAACCCUGUUAUACAUGGAAAGCGAUGUGGAACUGCACCUAGUGAGGACAAUGAUACUUUGUUCUUGGGCAAUAUCUGCAAUACAUGGACAAAAGAAGCUAUAAGACAAAAACUCAAAGAUUAUGGUGUAGAAGGUCUUGAAAAGAUCACACUUGUGUCUGAUCCUCAACACGAAGGAUUAAAUCGUGGGUUUGCAUUUCUUGAAUUCUCAGGACACCCGGAUGCCAUGCUGGCAUUCAAAAGGCUUCAAAAACCUGAUGCUAUAUUUGGUCACCCUGAUAAAACUGUAAAAGUAGCUUUUGCUGAACCCUUACAUGAACCUAAUCCUGAGGUUUUAAAAGAGAUUAAAUCUGUGUUUAUUGAUGGAUUGCCACCUCAUUGGGAUGAUGACAUUGUUAGAGAAUAUUUAAAAAGUUAUGGUGUUAUUGAUCGGAUUAUGCUUGCAAGAAAUAUGUCAUCUGCUAAAAGGAAAGAUUUUGGAUUUGUUGAUUUUACUACUCAUGAUGCUGCUCUUGCUUGUAUUGAUGGGUUGAAUAAAAGAGAAUUGGGUGAUGAGAAAAUUAAAGUGAAAGCAAGGCUUUCAAAUCCUUCACCUAAAACUCAAGCUGUGAAAGGUGGAAUAGCUGGAGGCUUUCGAUAUGGUCAUGGAAAUGGUGCUUCCUUUCAAAGAUCUGGUAGGGGUUUUGGAAGAGGUCCAUAUCCUAACAACAAUAUGGAAUUUACACGAGGUGGCAGAGGUUUCUAUCAACAUGGUCAACAUGGUCAAUAUGGUCAACAUGGUCAAACCAGUAGAAUGGGUUAUGCAGAGGAUUACCCGCCAGCUGGCGCUCAUCCUUCUUUCAGAGGGAGACAUGAUUUUGGAAGAGGAGGGAGAUGGAAUAAUUUCAGGGGUCCACAUCAGCAAUCUCAAGGCCCUAUGCCAUUCCCACCUAGAUAUGAUGAUGAUCAUCAUCAUCAUAAUCAUAAUCAUCAUCAUCAUCAUCAUCCUAUGCCUAUGAGAGGACCACCAUUUAUGCAUGAAGAACAAUUCAACAGACCUUAUGGUGGUGGAAGGCCCUAUGAAGACCCCUACAUAUAUGGAGAUUCUUCACGUGGUGUAAAACGUCCUUAUUAUGCAGAGCAGGAUCCUGUGUAUAUGGAGCAUAGCAGAGUUCGGCCUCGUUUGGAGUACCCUGAGCCUCCAAUUUCAGCUCCUGCAUCUCAUUUAAGAGGAGGUGGUAGUGGCAUGCAUUCUCGAGACUACUAUAAUAAUAAUUAUGAUUAUGAGGGUCCAUAUUCAUCUUACUAUGGUGGUGGUGACCAGCGGCCUUAUGGUGGCAAUCAACCUUAUGGUGGCCGAUAUUAUUAUUAAACUAUUUAACUACUGGUGUACAAGAUUUGAAUUGCUGUGCUGGCAUGUUCUUCUCUCUCUCUCUAUCUCUAUCUCUCUCUGAAGGAAAGCCUUUUAAAAUCUUUUUUUAAAUUCCUGUUCUUUCCUUUCCUUCUGAACUUGUUUGUUGUCUUCCAUCAUUCCAUGGCUUUCUUAGACAUAUAUAUUGGGUGCUUAAUCUUUAGAUAUGGUGAAGGAGUUUAGUCUUCUAAGUAAGAAGAUAUUAGGUAUCGAUUUGGGAUCUCAGAGGUUAUAUAUAUAUAUACAUAUAUUUCCUGAAGUUUAAGUGAGAAAGAAAAGUUUGAAGUAAUAUAGAAUCUAAGCACUGUAGAUGAGACUUGUGGAUCUUACAAAACUGGAAAUAAUUCUCUUGAUGGAUUGUAUGCUUUAUAAUGGGUGUUCAAAUUCAAACAGUAUCUUUCAAUUAAGGUUUCUCUAUGUUUUAUAUAGAUUAGGAUUUGAUCUUGGGUGUUAUUUCAAGAAAAUAAGUUGAAUAUGUUAUUUCAUACUUUGAGAAAUGCAAGGCUUUUACAAGUGUCACUUGUCUUAGGAAUUGAUUGUAAGGUUGAAAAUAAAGGUUGCUAUUAGUAAAGAUACUCACAUCACAUCACAUGACAUGACAUGAUAUGAUAUGAUAGAAUAUGGAGUCUGGUUUAGUUAUUUCCUUGCUGUAGGCUUGUAACUUGUUAGCUUCUUUUGCAUUCAAAAAGGUAAUUUUGUUGGAGAAAUAGCAACCUACUUUAUCCUUUUUUUUAUAUAUAGCGAUGUACUUACAAUUUUCAACUGAUUAUAACAUCUUUUAACCUGAAAAUGAUGACAUGGCAAUGGUUGUUUCCAUGUCAUUUGCCAUGAAUUUUUCUUAAAUUUAAGUAAGUUAUUAAAUAUUAUUUAUGUUAUGGUAAAAGUUAAAGCUAUGAAAAGGAAAGGUACAUUGCUAUAUUUUGCAAUUUAUCUUUUCUUGUAAAAUUUAAGUUCAAUUAUUUGUUGCCCAUGGUUCCAAAUUUGUAGGUUUCUGCUUUUGUCUGGCCUCAUUCGAAGCUCUCUUAAAGUAUUUUUUUAAAUAUUUUUUUAGGUAGAGAAUUUAGAAGCAUACGAUGUAUGUAUAUUUAUGUGAAUUAAUGAAUACAUGCAUUUAUGGUUUGUUGCAACUUUUGCUAUCAAAUAUUGUUUGUUCUUCCCUUUACUUGUAUCAAUUGGAUUGAUGAUUAGGUCUAUUUAUGUAGAUGGUUGAUCCUUUUUUGUGCAAAAAACAUAUUCCCUAG